CCCCAGAUUUUCUAGAUAAACCUCAGCAGCGCCUCUUCACACAAUCGUUCGCCUGAAUCGGAAAACCUCUCGGCGUUUUUGUUUCUAAAGGAAAAAUGGCGUCGCCGUCACGCGUGGAAGUCCUUACUCUUUUCCGGUCGCUUCUACGGACGGCGCGUGAGUUUCCCGAUUACAACGUUAGGGAAUACACUAAGCGCCGAACAAUCGAUGGGUUUCGCCAGAACAAAGACCUAUCGGAUCCAUCUAAGGUCACCGCUGCUUUCUCCGAUGGUAGGUCCCAGCUCGAGGUUGCCAAGAGACAGGCCGUAGUUUACUCCCUCUACGCACCCAAGGUCAAAAGCGUUAUGGAAUUGAACCAGUAACACCAUUGAAUUGUCGUCAUUUUUAAUCCUUUUUUGAUAAUUAAAACAAUAGAAUAAUUCUGUGAACGUUGAAUUGUUCAGCAAUGAUGGAUGUGAAUCCCUCGAGUUAUGAAUGGUGUUUUGUAGAAACCCUAGGGUUUUGGUUCUUUUUUGUACAAUUGAAUGUUAAUUGUGAUGAAUGUCACUGCCCUGU